GGACUAAUUUGGGAUGUGAUCAUUGAGACACGACUCCAGCCGCUACGGAGAAUAAACAUUAGCCUUAUUCAAGUUUGUUAUAUUUAUUUUGGAAAAGUCUGAAGAUCUAGUAGAGUUUAUAUUAGUUAUUAAAAGGAGAACUAUCUGUUUAAGCUUUUUUAUUUCCAAAAUGGCGCCGACGAUUCAGACUCAGGCGCAGCGCGAGGACGGCCAUCGGAGCUCGACACACAGAACCGUCCCUGAGAGGUCUGGAGUGGUGUGUCGGGUGAAAUACUGUAACAGCCUCCCUGAUAUCCCCUUCGACCCCAAGUUCAUCACCUACCCCUUCGACCAGCACAGGUUUGUGCAGUAUAAAGCCACCUCGCUCGAAAAACAACACAAACACGAGCUGCUGACAGAACCGGACCUGGGAGUGACCAUCGACCUCAUCAACCCCGAUACCUACCGCAUCGACCCGAACAUUUUACUGGAUCCUGCGGAUGAGAAGCUUCUAGAAGAAGAGAUCCAGGCACCCACUAGCUCCAAAAGGUCCCAGCAACAUGCUAAGGUCGUGCCAUGGAUGAGGAAGACAGAGUACAUCUCCACAGAGUUCAACAGAUACGGUGUGUCCAACGACAAAGUGGAGGUCAAGAUCGGUGUGUCGGUGAAGCAGCAGUUCACAGAAGAGGAGAUCUACAAAGACAGAGACAGUCAGAUCUCUGCCAUCGAAAAGACCUUCGAGGAUGCACAGAAAAACAUUACGCAGCACUACAGCAAGCCAAGAGUUACACCUGUGGAGGUGUUGCCCGUCUUCCCUGACUUUAAGAUGUGGAUAAACCCGUGUGCGCAGGUCAUCUUCGACUCCGACCCCGCUCCCAAAGACGUCUCCGGCUCUGCGGGUGUAGAUAUGAUGUCACAGGCUAUGAUCAGAGGAAUGAUGGACGAGGAAGGAAACCAGUUUGUGGCGUACUUCCUGCCCAACGAGGAUACACUGCGUAAGAGGAAGAGAGACGUGGAGGAGGAAUUGGACUUUAUGCCUGAGGAGCUGUAUGACUAUAAGAUAGCAAGAGAGUACAACUGGAACGUGAAAAACAAAGCCAGCAAGGGCUACGAGGAGAACUACUUCUUCAUCUUCAGAGACGGAGACGGUGUUUAUUACAACGAGCUCGAGACCAGAGUGCGUUUGAGUAAGAGGCGUGCUAAGGCCGGGGCUCAGUCCACCACCAACGCCGUGCUGGUCUGCAAACACAGAGAUAUGAACGAGAAAGAACUGGAAGCACAGGAGGCUCGCAGAGCUCAGCUGGAGAACCACGAGCCAGAGGAUGAGGAGGAAGACAUGGAUAAAGACACACAGGACUCUGGCGACGAAAAAGAAAAAGGUAGCGAGAGCGACAACUCGGACAGCGGCUCCGACCAGGACGAAGAGGACGAGCGGCGCAGCAACAAAGACGAGGAUGAGGAGGAAGAGGAGGAGAGAAAGGCAAGCGGCAGCGAGAGCGGAGAGGACCGGCAGGCACGUGACGAGGAAGAGAUCUUCGGCAGCGACGACGACAGCGAGGACGAUGACGAGGGCAGAGCCCGGAGAAGGAGGAGGAGCGGGAGCGAUGACGAGGACGCAGAGGAAGAGGGAGGAAGGGCGAGCGGGAGCGCCUCACCCGCCCAUAGCAGCAGCGGCCAAUCGGAGGGAGGCGGAGGGCAGAGCGGCAGUGACAGGGGGUCCGACUCGAGCGACGGCAGCGACAGCGACUGAGAAAAACUAUAUCCUCCCUCAGGAGCGCACUCGCCCUCCAUCUCUCGUCCUCCAUUUCUUAUUCGUCAUCUCUCGCCCUCCAUCACUUUGUCGCCCAUUUAAAAAAAAAAAAAAGACGAACAAGCACAUAAAUUUCUUUUGCCAAUUUUUGUUUGUUCAUUUUUUGUUGGUGUUUUUAUAACUUGUAAUGUUCCAACUGCAUUAUUUUCUCAACAUAGCUGUGGCUGAGAGACGUUGUGUAUUACCCAUCAAUCCUUCCUGAAUGCUAAAUCCGCUCUAUGCUACUCUGUCACAUCUGGAGCAGAUGUUGAUGCUAAAAUCAAACACAUCUCACUGAAUAUAGAUAAACACAUCAGAAAGAUCUUUUUAUUCUCUUCCUCCUCUUUUUCCUCACAUCAUAGUGUUUUUUUCUUUUUGUCGUUACUUUGAUCCAAAUGCCGUGUGUUUAAUGUAUGUAUGGUUUGUUUUAAUAGUUGUGAAAAGUAAAGUCUUACGUCAUCAUUUUGCUGUAUAAACUCUGUAAAUAAAGAACAACCGGUUCAUUUGUUUAAA